AUGAUCGAGGAGGGCAGUAAACGAGGCAAGGCCAUGGUGGAGAAGAGGCAGCUCUUCAUGGAAAUGAGAGCUCAGAACUUCGAUGUCAUCCGACUGUCGACUUACAGGACCGCCUGCAAACUGCGGUUUGUGCAGAAGAGAUGCAACCUUCAUCUGGUGGAUGUCUGGAACAUGAUCGAAGCCUUUCGCGACAGCGGCCUCAACACAUUGGACCACAACGCUGAGAUCAAUGUGUCGCGGCUGGAGACUAUCCUGUCUUCCAUCUACUACCAGCUCAACAAGCGGUUGCCCACCACCCACCAGAUCAAUGUGGAGCAGUCCAUCGGGUUGCUGCUCAACUUCAUGGUGGCCACCUAUGACAGUGAAAGCCAUGGGAAGUUGACCGUUUUCUCAAUGAAAGCAAUGCUGUCGACAAUGUGUGGAGGGAAAAUUGUGGACAAACUACGCUAUAUUUUCUCACAGAUCUCUGACUCCAGUGGCAUCAUGGUGUUUGCCAAGUUUGAUCAGUUUCUUCGGGAGGUGCUGAAACUGCCCACAGCCGUGUUCGAGGGCCCCUCCUUCGGCUACACGGAGCAUUCGGUGCGGACGUGCUUCCCUCAGCAGAAGAAGAUCAUGCUGAACACAUUUCUGGAUGUGCUGAUGGCAGAUCCUCCUCCUCAGUGUCUCGUGUGGCUGCCACUCAUGCACCGACUUGCUAAUGUUGAAAAUGUCUUCCAUCCGGUGGAAUGUUCAUAUUGCCGGAGCGAGAGCAUGAUGGGUUUCCGGUAUCGGUGCCAACAGUGCCAUGGCUACCAGCUUUGUCAGAGCUGCUUCUGGCGUGGCCAUGCCAAUGGUCCCCAUAGCAACCAGCACCAGAUGAAGGAGCACUCGUCUUGGAAGUCUCCGGCCAAAAAGCUGAGCCACGCAAUCAGUAAAUCUCUGGGCUGCGUCCCCAUCGGAGAGCCGCCGCAUCCUGUGUUCCCCGAGCAGGCCGAGCGACCGCAGGAACUCGCCCAUACUGUUCAGCCGACACCAGUGGCCAACAACAUGAACGACACAAUUCUCAUGUCCUCUGGGGCCCCUACUCCCACCAAAAGUGUCUUGGAGAGUCCCAGCCGGCUGGAUGAAGAGCAUCGCCUCAUCGCCCGCUAUGCUGCCCGCCUGGCGGCCGAGGCGGGCAACUCCACGCAACAGUGUCCUCCAACAGAUCUGAGUUUCAACUUUGAUGCCAACAAGCAGCAGAGACAGCUGAUCGCAGAGCUGGAGAACAAAAACAGGGAGAUCCUGCAGGAGAUCCAGAGGCUACGUCUGGAGCAUGAACAGGCCUCUCAGCCGACCCCGGAGAAAGCCCAGCAGAACCCCACGCUUCUGACCGAACUGCGGCUCCUCAGACACAGGAAGGACGAGCUGGAGAGGCGCAUGUCGGCGCUGCAGGAGAGCCGACGGGAGCUGAUGGUGCAGCUGGAGGGGCUCAUGAGGCUGCUAAAGGAUGAGGAGCAGAAGCAGGCAUCCCAGUCUGGAAGCUCUCCUCACUCUUCCCCCAGUCACGGUGCAGGCUGCUCCAUGCCCAUGCCCAUUCGCUCCACCUCGGCUGGGUCCACCCCAACCCACACACCCCAGGACUGCCUGGCAGGGGUGGGGGGGGACGUGCUCGAGGCCUUUGCUCAUGGUGUACCUAGAAACCUUCGGAAUGAUUUACUAGUGGCUGCUGAUUCAAUCACAAACACCAUGUCAUCUCUGGUGAAAGAACUGCACUCAGUUGACGACGUGGCGGAGGAAGAGGACGCCAACAUGAGGAACGGUGGGGACAGAGGUGAGUCCAGCUACAUGUGA